GUUCAGGAAAAUCCCAAGUGUUACCGAUCUACCACUGUUCAUGGGCAAUAAGGAUAGCUUUCCACUGUCAUUUUAAAACACGGAGAUAAGUAGAACCGUUUCAUUAUAAUCUAGAAUGCCGAAUCUGAAAAGGAGAGUACGCGUAGCAGCUUGCAGCAGCCAUCGACCCAAGCAAGCUAGUUAAAGACGGAGUGGUUCUAGUCUUGGGACGCCAGCCAGUUGUUCAUUGGUAUACUCUUGCCAGCUAUAGGGACCCUCUCUUGGAUGCUCUUACGAGCUUUGGGCUUCCUGCAUGAUGUGUAACCGUGGUGACAACAGAGAGCACCCACACCCAUCCCUCUCUCCCUUCCCCUGGGCUGCUGCCCCUCCCACACCCCCCUCACCCUAAAGCAGUCCUAACCACACAAAGAUGGCGGACAGGAAGGAGCCACCAAUCUAUAAUGAUGACAGCGUGGGGGCCUUCCAGUACAAGUUGCCGUUCUACGAGACCAUGGAGCUGUUCAUUGAAACGUUGACUGGGACCUGCUUCGAGCUGCGCGUCUCGCCAUUUGAGACAGUCAUCUCUGUCAAGGCCAAGAUCCAGAGGCUGGAAGGUAUCCCCGUUGCCCAGCAACACCUGAUCUGGAACAACUUGGAGCUGGAGGAUGAAUACUGUCUGCAUGACUACAGUAUUGCUGAGGGCUGUACACUGAAGCUGGUCCUGGCCAUGAGAGGAGGACCCAUCAACACCAGGAGAGUGUCUGUGGAGGACCCAUUGAAGGAUAUGGCAGAGCUGAUGGAGGGAGGCAGGGAGGAGGGCUGGGAGAAGAGUAUGCCUAGCAACAAGCAGGUCACCUUCCUGGUGUACCGAGAGGGAGACCAGCUCAACUUCUUCCGGGUCGUCGACCGAGGGGACGGAACUCUGACCCCUGUCUCAGAAUCAUUCAGUGGUGGCUCGGUGUACAACAUGUUCUCUGAGGAGGAGGACAACGACAGUGAGGGCUUGCCUUUGGUCCAGCCAACCCUGGAAAACUGUAUCACCAUGAACAAGAUGAAGCUGCUCAAAGCCAAGAUGGAGGACAUGAACAUCAACAAGAAGCCUAAGAAGUCUGCCAAGUUAGAACCUCUUCCCCCCGUCGGUCCCCGGCCCUGCAGCAGCUCUCUGGACCCCUCUGGACCCCGACACCACCGCCUCUUCCGCGUCCUGCCCGAGAUCAACCAAUCCCAUCAUUCCGCCUCACACUUACCUCCAAUCAGGGACCAGGGAUCCACAACUCCCUCCCCUCCCGCUGCUGCCUCCGCCUCCACCCACCUGUCAAGCAGCGGCCGAGCUCUGCCCUAUUUCUCUUCCUCGUCCUGUUACAUGCUCCAGGAGGAGGAGCCAUGGGAGUCCAUCCCCAAGUCGAUCAGACCCCCUCCCAAAGUGUCCCGGUUAGAGAUCGGCAGCACCAGGCUCAUGAGGGACUGUGUGUACCCGCAGCUCCCCGUGCUCUCCAGCAGGGGUCAGGUUGGUGGGGCCACGGAGCUGCCUGACCCCAGAAGAGAGGCACUGGGCCUGGGGUUGCUGGAGGAGGCGGUGGGCCUGCUGGAGCCCACACCGCCUAGAGCUUUAUACGGAGGUGACCUGCUCUCAGAUCCCCUCAGCCUGGAUAUCUCUUCCCAGCCAGAGAUGGAUCUGGGUGGGUUGGAUGGGCUAGGAGCCCUGGGGGUUGGAGCAGAGCUCCAGCUCCCUUCCUCCCCCUCUCUGCUCUCCCAAGCUGUGGGGAUGAACUCUUUAAACAACUGGGCAAUGGCUGGUUCUGAUAGGCUAGCCUGGAAAGGGGAGAGGACACCUUUACUUGGCAACACCCUUCAUCAUAUUCCCGACUCUCCUUCCUCAUCAUCCUCCCCCUCAAGUAGACCAAGACUACCACAACCCUUUGAGUUUUCCGGCUCAGCAACGUCACCCCUACGACCCAAUCUCCACUCCUCCUCCCACCCCACCACUCUUCUCGCCCCUCCUCCUCCUGCUAGCCCCUCCUCUCCUCCUCAAGGCUCUCGUUUGCGAGGCAUCAAUGUGGACUCCCCAGGCAAGUGGCCGGAGGUGAUCAGGAAAAGCGAGGCGCGUGGCAUCACCAAGCUGGCCAACCAGGCCUGUAUGGAGCCUCUCGGGUCCCUCCGCAACACAGAGCUCCUGGCCUCCCUGUCCUCCUCCAGGUCCCUAGGCAGCAGCAGGGGAGUCCUAGAACCGAGCCUGGGACUCGGGUUGGGGCUUCCCGCUGUUGGGGCCUCCGGGCUUGGCACGCUAGGCUCCACGGCUCUCUCCCUCCCAGCCAACAUCCAGCUACUCCAGGAGGACCUGAUACGAAGAGCAGCCACCUCCUACAUGUCAACCAACAGCCUGGGAUCAGCUGGAGGCUCCAGUUCAAUAAGAAGACUAGGCACCCCGACAUAUCACCUGCCUCCAGUCAAGGUCCCGCUGAGCAGGAAGAAGAAGAGCUCUAAACACUGCUUCCUUUGUGGCAAGAAGACUGGUCUCGCCACCAGCUACGAGUGCAGGUGUGGUAGCAACUUCUGCGCCACCCACCGCUACGCAGAGACUCACGACUGCACGUACAACUACAAGAGUGCCGGACGCCGCUUCCUCCAGGAAACUAACCCCAUCGUCAACGCUCCCAAGCUGCCCAAGAUCUGAGCCCCUCCCCCUGUCCCCCCCUCUAUCCCUGCACUCCUCCUUCCUCGAUUUACCUGAAUGAUUAAAAUCAAAAAGGAAGGAUCUUGAUCACCAUUGUGUGCUUUUUAAUCACCAAGUUUGACUUAAUGACAUCGAAAUGCCAAGUGUGAACAAAACAGAACAGAGGAUAUUAGCACACAAACUCUCUUAGCUAGCUAUCGCCUCUGCUCCGGACAAUGUGAACAAACUGUUGAUCCACUUUCUUCGUAUAUUGUAAGCUUGAUCUUUUUCCUUAGCAAAAAAGUAUUGCAUGUACUAUACAUAGAUGCUUUUUUAAAGCAGAAGAUGUCAGUUUAUUUCAUGUUUUAACGGAACAGAAGUGCACGUCUCCAAGCGUAAACGUUAUCUGUAUUUUUUUGUCAGAUUUGUUUGUUUCUUAAAAUAGGACUGCAGAUCACGUUUUCAUGCGACAAGUCUUUGAGAGAUGCACUUUAGAAUUAUCAUAUUUAUAUACCAAUGUUUGACUUUGUUUGUUUUUUGUAGGCUCUUGCAGUUCUGUGUUUGUUGUUUUAAUGAAGUGUUUUUAUGUUGUCUUACUGUCAAUCAUGUUUUUGUAUUCAAACCCCUUGAAUUAUUCCACAUUUUGUUGUUACAGCCAUCUACACACAAUACCCCAUAUUGACAAAGUGAAAACCUGUUUUCAGACAU